GUAGACUGUAUUUAAAUUGGAAUGGACAUUAUAGAUGGCAAUUCAGCUGAGAUGCGUUUAGUGCCCCGCUGUAGAAUAAACAUAAACUUGGGGCACCAAGAGCUCGGAAUGUCCUUGUUUGUUGACCCCAGAAGUCUGCAAGUUUCCAGACAUUGAGUAGCAGAGGGUGACCAGAUCUUCUCCGGUGUCACCCCUGGCGCUGAUAGCGAUGAUUGUUCUCUGGCUCCGGAUCUAGUUACUCUACAAUCAGAUAAAGCGUUGGAAGCGUGUGUGGAAUUUGGCAACAGUGUCAUCUGCGUUUGUCUGCAAAUUGGUCCCAUCGGGGCGCCGCAUCUGUAAAGGAGUCGCAUUUUAGGACUGAGAAGAGGUGCCACGCAUUACAGGGAGUUUCGGGAGGCUGAUCCCUCUGUGCCUGCUUUUGGGAUGAGGGUGGCAGGGUGUGGCAAAGGCUAAGGAUGGCAUCAGCUGUGUUUGAGGGCACCUCCCUGGUGAACAUGUAUGUGAAGGACUGCUGGGUUAACGGAAUUAGGAGACUCAUCAUCAACCGGAGAGGAGACGAGGAGGAGUUUUUUGAGAUCAGGACUGAGUGGUCAGACAGGAAUAUUUUAUAUUUACACAGGAGUUACUCGGACCUUGGGAGGCUCUUUAAGAGGCUGCUGGAGUCCUUCCCUGAAGAUCGUGGAGAACUGUCACAAUCAUCUCUGCUCAAAGGGCUUAUAACAAUUAAAGACGCUCAUGAAAUUGAAGCAAGACUUAAUGAAGUAGAGAAACUGUUGAAGACCAUCAUAAACAUGCCUUGCAAGUAUUCAAGAUCUGAAGUAGUUCUCACAUUUUUCGAGCGGUCUCCACUGGACCAAGUCUUAAAAAAUGAUAAUGUACACAAGAUUCAACCAAACUUCCAAAGUCCCAUUAAAAUAUCUGAAAUCAUGCGUUCCAAUGGUUUUUGUUUAGCCAAUACUGAAACAAUAGUCAUAGACCACAGCCUUCCACAUGUAAAAGACCCGGAUUUGGAUGUCGAUUCCACAGAUCACUUAUUUGGAAACGGAACUGAAUUCUCCACAGAGCCAGACAACGCAGAUGACCCGUCGGCAUAUGUUACAAAUUUGUCCUACUAUCAUUUGGUUCCAUUUGAAACAGAUAUCUUAGACUGAAUUGACGGAAUGCAUAAUAAUUUGCCUUUUAAGUGAAGCCUCCUUCUGAGUGCUGCUGUCUUUUGUGGCCUUUCCAAUUGAACAUACGCGUAUUUGCAACUCACACAAUCAUGGUGCAGGUGCUUUACAAUGGACUCGAUAAUACAUA